CAUAAUUGAUUUAUACUACAUUUCCCAGAAUCCUCUGACACGUGACGUCACCAGCAAAUGCGCAGUAGAAUAAUUGUGUGUUUAGCUUGUCUCUGGCUGCAGUCGAUUUGAAUAAUGUCGUGUCCUGUAAUGCAUUCAGCUGAGAUGAACCCAGCCAUCCUGCCUCUCGACUGGCUAAUGGGUACCUGGCAGUCUGAUGAACCAGGAGAGGGAUGCUUUCCCACCAUCAAACCCUUCCGCUACUCUGAGAUGCUUAAUUUCAGCCAUGUUGGACAGCCAGUCAUCAAUUUCAUGUUCAAUGCCUUCCAUGCAGACUCCAAAAAGCCACUGCACAGAGAGUGUGGCUUCAUAAGAAUGCAGCCGGGGACCAACAAAGUGGCUUUUAUCGUGGCGCAGAACUCAGGUCUGGUAGACAUUGAAGAGGGUGAGCUGACAGGCCAGCAGCUGAACCUGCGUAGCCACUCUGUCGCCAGAAUCUCCUUCGCCAAGGAGCCGCAUGUACAGGAGAUUUCAAGAGUGUUUCAGCUCAAGUCAGACGGGAGACUAGAACAGAGGGUUUCCAUGGCAACAGACAACCAGCCACUGAUGGAACACUUGCGCAUCACCUACGCCCGGGUGUCUUGAGGCAAAAUGGAAUGGCGGUCAGCUCAUUGACGUAUUACAAUAGACACCCAUGACUCUUGUUGCUAAAUAGGGAUCAGAUCACAACAGAAAGUUUCUUAUUUUUACUCUUUUUGUCAUAAUAAUCAUUAAACUGCUCAGUGUGAUUGGAGAUGUGCAUGCUUACUGUAAAGCUUAGAAGCCUCUGAUGAAUUUGUCAAAUUCCAUAUAAAUGUCUAAUGUUAAAUUGUAAUUUUGUUGGUGUAUAUGUUUCAAUAACGGUAUGUUUUUUUUAAUUGACAUGACAUACUAAAUUAGGUCUGAUCCAUCAAAACAUCUGAUUUCACAUAUUUUUGUUUUAACUCCACCACCUCCAAUGAGUGGUUUCAUUUGUUUAACACAAUAUACUAUGUACAUAUAUAUGGCUGUGUAGCACCCACUCCCUCCCCUCUGUUGCAAGUGUUGUUGAUUCUAUGUAACUGGUCUAUGUGUGCUAUGGCUAUGAGGUUUUUUUCCCUUGACCUCAGUCAGUACCCCCUCCCUGGAGUCCAGCAUUUGACUGAUAAUUUUAUACUCUCCCCCCCUCCCCAACAUUUACUUGUUUCUCACCUUUUUUUUUGUAAGGGGCAUCGGAAGUUGGCAGACCCGUCAGCAAUCCUUUUUCUGUGUCCCUGUAAUGUUUGUCUGUUCUUGAAUGGGGUUGUGCUGGAAAUGUAAUUUUCCUUCUGGGAUUAAUAAACUACUACUGAAUCUGAA